AUGCCUGGAAAUGCACCGAUCCCUGGGCAGACGCCUGUCCCCAUGCCUGGAUACCAAGUGAUCCCUAGGCAGACGCCUGUCCCCAUGCCUGGAAAUGCACCGAUCCCUGGGCAGACGCCUGUCCCCAUGCCUGGAUACCAAGUGAUCCCUAGGCAGACGCCUGUCCCCAUGCCUGGAUACCAAGUGAUCCCUAGGCAGAUGCCUGUCCCCAUGCCUGGAUAUGCACCGAUCCCUGGGCAGACACCUUUCCCCAUGUCUGGAUAUGCACCGAUCCCUCGGCAGACACCAGGCCCUGUGCCUGGAUACCAAGUGAUCCCUAGACAGACGCCUGUCCCCGUGCCCGGAUACACACCGAUCCCUCGGCAGACACCUGUCCCCGUGUCUGGAUACGCACCGAUCCCUAGGCAGACACCUGUCCCCGUGUCUGGAUACGCACCGAUCCCUCGGCAGACACCUGUCCCCGUGCCCGGAUACGCACCGAUCCCUCAGCAGACACCUGUCCCCGUAUCUGGAUACGCACCGAUCCCUAGGCAGACGCCUGUCCCCGUGCCCGGAUACACACCGAUCCCUCGGCAGACACCUGUCCCCGUGUCUGGAUACGCACCGAUCCCUAGGCAGACACCUGUCCCCGUGUCUGGAUACGCACCGAUCCCUCGGCAGACACCUGUCCCCGUGCCCGGAUACGCACCGAUCCCUCAGCAGACACCUGUCCCCGUAUCUGGAUACGCACCGAUCCCUAGGCAGACGCCUGUCCCCGUGCCGGGAUACGCACCGAUCCCUAGGCAGACGCCUGUCCCCGUGCCUGGAUAUCAAGUGAUCCCUAGGCAGACACCUGUCCCUGUGCCCGGAUACGCACCGAUCCCUCGACAGACGCCUGUCCCCAUGUCUGGAUACGCAGCAAUCCCUAGGCAGAUGCCUGUCCCCGUGUCUGGAUACGCACCGAUCCCUAGGCAGACGCCUGUCCCUGUGCCUGGAUACGCACCGAUCCCUCGGCAGACGCCUGUCCCCGUGCCUGGAUACCAAGUGAUCCCUAGGCAGAUGCCUGUCCCCAUGCCUGGAUAUGCACCGAUCCCUGGGCAGACACCUGUCCCCGUGUCUGGAUACGCACCGAUCCCUCGGCAGACACCUGUCCCCGUGCCUGGAUAUGCAUCGAUCCCUCGGCAGACGCCAGGCCCUGUGCCUGGAUUACAAGUGAUCCCUAGGCAGAUGCCUGUCCCCAUGCCUGGAUAUGCACCGAUCCCUCGGCAGACACCUGUCCCCAUGUCUGGAUACCAAGUGAUCCCUCGGCAGACGCCUGUCCCUGUGCCUGGAUACCAAGUGAUCCCUAGGCAGAUGCCUGUCCCCAUGCCUGGAUAUGCACCGAUCCCUGGGCAGACGCCUGUCCCCGUGUCUGGAUACGCACCGAUCCCUCGGCAGACACCUGUCCCCGUGUCUGGAUACCAAGCGAUCCCUAGGCAGACACCUGUCCCUGUGCCUGGAUACGCACUGAUCCCUCGACAGACGCCUGUCCCCGUGUCUGGAUACACAGCGAUCCCAAGGCAGACGCCGGUCCCUGUGCCUGGAUACGCAUUAAUCAAUCGAGACACCUGUCCCAAAGCUCACUGGUCACUGAAACUUAAAGGGAGGACUGAGCACAGGUCCAUGUUGAACUGUUCUGCCUAG